AUGGACGUAGAUCCUAAGUCAGAUGAGAAUCAACCUUUAAAGGUUCCUCCUCACCAGACCUCUAAAGGUCAACAUUCGCUAUUUUCAGAUAGUGAAGAGGAGUCAACUCCUAUAAAUAAAAAGACUCAAAGUGCAGUAGUGGGCAGCUCUACAGAAAUGCAAAGUAAUGAGCCAUAUGAAAACCCAAAGGCUCUAUCAUCCAGCUAUGAUGAUUCUUUAGAGAUGAUUCAAACUGGAGUAAAAAGGAUGUCUUCAAGCGAGGUACGUCCUCGAGUUCAGGCAGCUGAACAAGAACUUCAGAGUUCUAAACCACGUGCUUCACAGCACAUCGAAAAGUCUGAAUCAGAUGAUGACGACAAAGGAGCAGGAAACGCUUCUACCCGCCGUUACCGGAAACCGAGUACAACCCAUUCGAAAUUAGAAUCCAGUAAAGAACUUCAGAGUUCAGCAGAGAUUCUGUUUCUACAUCCACCUAAAGCUUCAGAAGCUAAAUCAAACGUUGCUCAAGCUAAUACAGCUAAAGCUGCUAAAACCGCAGCUAAGAAAGCUCAGACUAAAAAAGCUAAGACUUCUACCGUUAAGGCUAAGUCUGAUGUUUCAAGUAGUAAAGGUAAGGCUAAAUUACAUGAAAAUGUAAAAAAGCCAACGUUCUCCAGGACGAAAAGACAUCUAGAUACAUAUGUCAGUAAUGGUGAAAGUUCCUUAGAACAUAGUGAACAUUCGAAUGUACACAUAGUUCUAAUUCAGCAUCAUCAGGUCAUUUGA